GAGAUAAUAAAUCAGAAAGGCUCAAGGCAACUAUUUUAAUUUGUGAAGAGCUGGUGGAGCCCCCGUGAAUUCGAUAAAUACCAACGGCGGAUGCGCGGGGUUUCUAGUUACUCUUCUCUCUCUCUCUCUCUCCUUUUCUUUCUUUUACAGCUCUUUCUCCCUCAACUUCAACUACUUCCUCUAGUUUUUCUUCAGAUCGAUCAUCCACGACUCUCUCUGUGUGAAAUGCAGGUAAAGAAAAUGAUACUCAAAAUCUCCCGCCACCAUGACUAGCCCCUCUCAGCUUAUUCGAUGGGAAAAAAAGGCAGUGGAUGGUUUUCCUCGGUAAAGAGAGUGUUUCAAUCAUCUCCUAAUAAAGAAUUACCAGAGAAAAAGAAAGAUAAUGCAGAGAAAUGGCAAUUACAAGAGGCCCCAGAGGUAGUUUCGUUUGAACAUUAUCCGGCGGGGAGUUCACCGGAUGUCACAAAUGAUGAAAGCACAGGAUCAACUCCGGUGACUAAUUCUGAAGAUAGAGAUCAUGCAAUUGCCGUUGCUGUAGCAACUGCUGCUGCAGCUGAAGCAGCUGUUGCCGCGGCACAAGCAGCAGCCAAAGUUGUUCGAUUGGCUGGUUAUGGCCGCCACUCCAAGGAAGAACGCGCUGCAACUCUUAUUCAAUCCCAUUACAGAGGCUACCUUGCUCGGCGAGCAUUGCGAGCGUUGAAGGGAUUGGUGAGGCUGCAGGCUUUAGUAAGAGGCCACAAUGUGCGAAAGCAAGCGCACAUGACAAUGCGAUGCAUGCAAGCGCUGGUACGAGUGCAGGCAAGAGUAAGAGCCCGCCGGCUCCAGUUGGCUGACGAGAAGCAUCACAAGAAAGGGAAAAAAGUACAUGGACAAGAAGAUGAAGAAUUGAACAGGCCCAGGAGCCCGUUGAAGCAGCAUGGCGGUGGCCGCCAUCAAAUGUCUGAUAAACUCAACGAAAAUUCCUCAAGACAACAUGAUUCUUUGAUGAAAAGAGAGAGAGCCCUUGCUUAUGCUUAUGCCUACCAGCAGCAGCAACUCAUACAGCCUAAGCACACAAAUGGUAAAGAUGCUGUUGAACUCUACGGCCAUGAGCACGAAAGAGCCCAGUGGGGAUGGAACUGGCUGGAGCGUUGGAUGUCGGAGCAGCCUUAUCACAGCCGUCCAGUGCCCCAACAUGAAGCUUCUUACGUGACACUGACCACCACCUCCACGACCGACGACAUGUUAUCGGAGAAAACCCUUGAAGUCGACUCCACCACCACCGCCAUGCCAAUGCAGCUCAACCGGGACACGCUAGACUCCAACUCUUACUCAACUCGCCAACUGCAGCAAAAGCAACCGAGCUACAUGGCGCCAACGCAGUCAGCAAAAGCGAAGGUGAGAAGCCAAAACCAUAGCCAAGGGACAAUCAAGCAAAGGAGUACUCCGAGUACGCCACUAUGGAACACAUCAACAAAGAAAUCUCCAUCAAAUUUUGGCUCCGGCUAUGAUUCUUCUAGCACCUCUGGUGGUGGUGGAGCAGCAACUUAUCAAGCUCCAAGAAGUCCAAGUCAAGGUUACAGUAAUGGGAUCCGGGUACAAACUAGGCGGCUUUCGAAUCAGAGUCCGGAUAAUUUGGGCGGGGCGGAAGAUUGGGGAAGGCUGCCUAUUGGUGGUGGUGGUCAUCAUGGAUUGAGGCAUGAUUUUCAUUAAUUGAUUGAAUUUAUUUUGUGUUUUUUAAUAAUUUCCUAUAUAAUUAACGUGCGAUGUGAUGAAUUGAAGUUGCAACAUGUUAAUUAAAACAUUAUUAUAUAUUUAAUUAUUGUAAGGUGAACAAAUUUUGAAUUUUGUAAUAUAAUGUUUUCUUUGUGUGAUUAA